AACACCAGCACACGGCAGCACAGGCAGUGGAGUCCUUUGGACACUGGCGAAUGCUUGGAUUGGAUAUAGGGAAGCCAAUCACCAGAGAGAGAUUAUUGCACGGAAAAUAACUCAGAGACUCUGAAGUCCCAAUUCAUCAGGUCAUACUGGAUCAACAUACCAAGAUGAUGAUAAUUGCUCUUGUUGCCCUCUUCUGUUUAAACAUUGGAACUCCUGGAGAAGCACAGGAGGUGGACAAUGCUAAUAGUGAACAGCGGCUGCCAACGUCUGACCUCCUCAUGUAUCUGCGUGAGCUGAGAAAUACCAAGGAGACUGGGAUGGACGACCAUGACCAGCGCGCCAAGAAGUCUCAGACCUUCUUUGACUAUGGCCAAGACAUGAAACUCGAAGGCACUUCGGAUAUCAGCACUGUGCCACAGAGCAGGGUGAAGAGGCACCGACAUAGCUUGGGACAGCAAAACUACUAUCGACUGGGGAAACGGGGCUGCCCCCUCACCACCUGCCAGACACACAACCUGGCCAACUGGCUGUACCUGAUAGCAGCCAGCAAGGGCAAAGAUAGCACUGCCCCCAAGAACACAUCAGACCCCCACAGCUAUGGCAAGAAGCGACGAAGAAGAUCAAUCUUCCUUCCGGGGUAUUCAACCAAAAUAGCCCAGUAACAACAUGUAGCUGACCCGAGUAUCCUGUGACAUUCAACUGUGACUUACACGCCACAUCCUGAAGAAUUGAUCUUCC